AUGAUCAAGAGGUGCCCUCCUGACAUGUUCUCAGACUGGAUUAGGCUGCAGAUCUUCUAUGAUGGACUCUUAGAGAUGGCUAGAAUGUCUCUGGAUAAUUCUGUAGGUAACUCUCUGCAUAUGAAGAAGAUCCCUGAAGAGGCUAAUAAGUUGAUUGAGAUGGUUGUCAACAACCAAUACCAAUACACUUAUGAGAGGAAUCUUGUGAAGAAAGGAGUCAUGGAGAUGGAUACCUUGGAUGCUAUUCUUGCUCAGAACAAGGCCAUGUAUCAACAGAUUAGCAUGAUUACUCGGCACUUGAGUAGGAUGCAAGUCUCAGCUGUUAAUACUCAAGAUGCAUUUUAUGACAUGAGGAUGGAGGAAUCACCCAAAUUUUGGGUGGAAGAAGCAACCCCAAAAGUUUCAGCCAAAUUUCAACAGCAACUCUCAAGGCGAACUUUCCAAGAGCACUCAGAGUUUCAUGUAGGAGACCAGAGCUUCAAUUCAGAACUUGAAAAAGUACAAGUGGGUCAGUUGAGCAAGCAAAUACCUGAGAGAUCUCCCAACACUCUUUUUGAUGACACAUUAGUAAAUUCAAAAGAAGAAUGCAAGGCCAUCACAGUGGCUGGUGAAUCUGUGCUAGAAGAGGUGCAAAUCGCUGAGGGAUCAGAAGAAAUAGAAGCUCUAGAAAAAGCUGAAGGCAUCGAUAUUAUGCCCCUAUUUGUAAUGAAAAAACUCCAAAUUCAAGAGGCACAACCAACAAGGAUAGAACUACAAAUGCCAGACAAGUCUUUGAAACAGGAACAUGGAAUAGUAGAGAAUGUCUUGGUUAAGGUUGGAGAACUUUUUCUCCCUGUAGAUUUUGUGAUUCUAGACAUGGGAGAGGAUGAAAAUGAUUCUAUAAUACUAGGAAGACCAUUUCUAGCCAGUAGGAGAGCUAUAAUUGAUGUGGAAAAAGGGAAUUAG